AUUCAGAAUAGUUUUGAGCGCGUUUGGGCGAAAUCAUGGCGGAGCUUGGAGAUUUGAACCCGGAGCAAAUAGAAGAGUACCGCAGAUCUGUGUCCCAAGCCAAGGAGGAGGCCCGAAAUGGGAACCUGGAAGCAUCUAUCCACUUGUUCCAACAGGCUCUUGAAAUCCAUUUCAGUGAAAAGCUGACCGCGAACAUUAAAAAGUUGGAGGAAGCCCUAGCUUCUCUGGCUGUGGAGGAGGAGGAGGACGAUGAUGGCUUUGUGGAUGUGUGUCAGAGUGGACUCAUGCUGUAUGGAGAAAUGCACGAUAAGCUUUUUGACUAUCAGAGAGAAGGGGUUGCUUUUUUGUACAAGUUAUAUCGAGACAGAAGGAAGGGCGGCAUCCUGGCAGAUGACAUGGGACUCGGGAAGACCAUUCAGAUCAUUACCUUCCUCUCCGGAAUGUUUGACGCAAAACUCAUCUGUUCCGUGUUGCUGAUUCUCCCAGCCACCCUUCUUAACAAUUGGGUGAAAGAGUUUGCCAAGUGGACCCCAGGCCUGCGAGUGAAAGUUUUUCAUGGGACCAACAAAGCUGAACGUAACAGGUCUCUGGAGCGGAUCCAGAGGAGAAGGGGCGUCUUGCUCACAACCUACCAGAUGCUCCUCAACAGCUGGCCGCAGCUUUCUAGCUUUGGUGGGAAAGAGUUUGUUUGGGACUAUAUCAUUCUGGAUGAAGCCCAUAAAAUCAAAACUCCAUCUGCCAAAACGACAAAAUCUGUGUAUGCCAUUCCUUCCAAAAACCGCAUCCUUCUCACAGGGACUCCGGUUCAAAACAAUCUCAAAGAACUUUGGGCUCUUUUUGAUUUUGCUUGUCAAGGCUCGCUUUUGGGUACCAGCAAAACCUUUCGGAUGGAAUAUGAGAACCCCAUCACAAGAGCCAGGGCAAAAGACGCCACUCCUGGAGAGAAAGCUCUGGGACUUAAAAUCUCAGAAAAUCUGAUGUCCAUCAUAAAGCCAUAUUUUCUGAGACGGACUAAAGAUGAGCUCCAGAAGAAGAAAAAGGCUGAACUUCCAAACCAUCUUCCUGGAAACCAAAGCAAAGAUCUUGCUCCCACCAUGCCUUCACUUCCUCGAAAGAACGAGUUCAUUAUAUGGGCGUUCUUAUCACCCAUACAAGAGGAAAUAUAUAGAAAUUUUAUAUCUUUGGAUCAUAUCAAGGAGCUGUUGUUGUCUACCAGGUCUCCACUGGCUGAGUUGACUGUCCUGAAGAAGCUCUGUGAUCACCCAAGGCUCUUGUCAAAUCGAGCAUGCAGUCAACUAGGCCUGGAAGCAUCCAAUUAUAGCGAACAAGAUGUUGGUGAAAAUGACCUUAGUGAGCUCCCAGACAUGAAAAGGAGUAUUGGGCAUGUUUCUGAUGAGAUGCUGAUUCAGGAGUCUGGAAAGUUGAGCUUCCUUGUGGCGCUGCUGGAAAGACUGCAAGACGAGGGACAUAGAACUCUGGUGUUCUCCCUAUCGCGAAAAAUGUUGGACAUUAUAGAGCGUGUCUUAACUCACAGGGGAUUUAAGCUCAUGCGCGUUGAUGGGACAGUGACCCAGUUGGCAGAACGAGAGAAGAGAAUUGGCAUGUUUCAGAAAGAUGGAGACUACUCUGUCUUUUUGCUUACUACUCAAGUUGGUGGGGUUGGUUUAACCUUAACAGCUGCUAGCCGUGUGGUGAUUUUUGAUCCUAGCUGGAAUCCAGCUACAGAUGCCCAAGCUGUGGACCGAGCUUACAGGAUUGGCCAAAAAGAGAAUGUCAUAAUCUACCGUCUGAUUACCUGUGGGACAGUAGAAGAGAAGAUUUAUAGAAGACAAGUCUUCAAGGAUUCCUUAAUACGUCAAAGCACGGGCGAUAAGAAAAAUCCCUAUCGCUAUUUCACUGUGCAAGAGCUAAAGGAGUUGUUCAUAUUGGAAGACACGCGAAGCUCGGCCACACAGUUACAACUGCAGUCCUUGCAUGCCACCCAAAGAAAAACAGAUACUAAGCUGGAUGAACACAUUGCAUACCUCCAUGCGCUAGAUAUAUUUGGCAUUUCUGACCAUGAUUUGAUGUACACACGUGACACAGCACAUGAUGAUGAAGCCGAAAAUGAAGAAGCCCAUAGGUACAUUGAACACAGAGUCCAAAAAGCCCAAGAGUUGGUACAACUAGAAUCUCAGUUGAAUGACCAGCACAUGAGAAAUAUCAGAAACACGACUGAAGGAGCAUGGCUGAGAGAUAUAGACUCAUCCACCCAGCCAAAAACAAAACCAUCCAAGUCUUCACCAAGUGAAAUUCUUGGGCCAUCUAUGUCCAAAAGGACAAACCCGAUAGUCAUGGAAUCACCCAUUCCAUCCAUGAAGAAAUCACCAACUCCUCCUCCAACUCCCAUGGUUAUCCCGCCUGUAUUUAUUAGUCCUGUCGUCAGUAAUGAAGUUAUUGAUCUUACAAGCGACGAUGACAACGAUGUUGUUAGUGAUAUGGUCAAUUUGAGCUCUAAAAUGACCAGUCUGGUUGUUGAAGACAUGGAUGAUGAGCAAAUGCUUCAGAUUAUUUCUAAUACGGAAGAUGCUUUGCCUUCUGAGGAGAAAGAACAAUUUCCCAGCUUCCAAGUGUGUGAACUAAAGCCUGGGACAGGUCUUGUGUCCCCUUUUCAGAAUCAUUCAGUAUCUAACAAGGAGAACUACAGUCCUGAAUCCAGCGCAAUCUCUGAACUGCCUGCCCAGGAUAAGGAUGAUGAGCAACUGGUUUUGCAUACAAUCAAUACGGAAGUUCUGCACUUCAAAAACAAAGAGUAUCAACCAACCAGACUGCAAGCAGAUGAGCAAAACGAGAGUCUAAAUGUUGUAUCUUCUCUUCUCCAAGCUACUUCAUUAUCUAUCGAAGGCAGUGUCAACUCUGAAUCCAAAAUUAUCUCUUGCGAUCCAUCUCUAGAAACAAGAAAUGAGCUUAAAGAUGUCCAGAUGAAACUGCUGCAGGACUCCAUUGUGUACCCUUCAGAUGGUGGCAUGCACCAAACUGAGUCUGACAUGUCACUUGAUGUUCUUCAUGGAGAUGCCUGCGAAAUUAAGGAACUAGAUGCUGUGGCACCACUUGAGACCAUAGUUAGCAAAAUGACAGAAAGCAUCACAUUGCAAAAAUCUGACACGAGAGAAACUACGCAAUUCAAGUCUCUUGAUAUUUCCUCUCACUAUCAGCACAGGAGAAAUAUCACAAACACGUCUGAAGGAGCAUCGCUAAGAGAUAUAGAAUCAUCCACCCAGCCAAAAACAAACCAUCCAAGUCUUCACCAGGUGACACUCUUGGGCCAUCCAUGUCUGAAAGGACAAACCCAAUAUCCUGCCCUCAGUAACAAAGUGAUUGAACUUGUAAGCCAUGAUGACAAUGAAGUUGUUGAUGAUAUGGUCAAUUUGAGCUCUAAAAUGACCAGUCUGGUUGUUGAAGACGUGGAUGAUGAGCAAAUGCUUCAGAUUAUUUCUAAUACGGAAGAUGCUUUGCCUUCUGAGGAGAAAGAACAUUUUCCCAGCUUCCAAAAUCAUCCAGUAUCUAACAAGGAGGACUACAAUCCUGAAUCCAGCGCAAUCUCUGAACUGCCUGCCCAGGAUAAGGAUGAUGAGCAACUGGUUUUGCAUACAAUCAAUACGGAAGUUCUGCACUUCAAAAACAAAGAGCAGGACUCCAUUGCGUACUCUUCAGAUGGUGGCAUGCACCAAACUGAGUCUGACAUGUCACUUGAUGGUCUUCAUGGAGAUGCCUGCGAAAUUAAGGAACCAGAUGCUGUGGCACAGGAUACCAUGCUUAGCAAAAUGACAGAAAGCAACUCACUGCAGAACUCUGACAGAAGAGAAACUGCGCAGUUCAAGUCUCUUGAUAUUUCCUCUCACUAUCAGGUCAAUUUCAACCUUGCCCUGGAGGAUUCUGAGAAUGAACCACAAACCUUCGCAGAAGAACACAUGUCAUUAGAGGAGACAGAAAAUGUAGGAUUCCAGCUGAGGUUAGAUAGCUACUGUAGCUCUGGAACUGAAUCAGUUGGGAGAGAACAUGGGAGUCACAGAGGCCUCCAGGCUGGCAAUGGUGCAGAGGGCUCUGUGGUCAUGGACGAUUCCAACGGUCCAUGUGAUAGUAGAGACAGUUUUGGGCUGGGGAAAAAGAAGCGUCCUGCAAUUAUUGUGUCGGAUGAGGAAGAGGAACAUGAUGAAUUAAUAGAUGAACUGGAUGAGGGACAAGCCAGGGGAAUUUGUAUGUCCACGCCAAAGACCAACAGGCCGAUUUGUUUUUCUCCAAGGAUCAAAUUGAGUGGAAGAAGAUCAACAGCUUCUCGUCGAUCCCUCUUCGAUGUGGUCUUGGAAGAAGUGGAGGGUGCAGCCGAAGAAGCAGGAACUGCCAGCAAUGUAUCUAAUGACGUUCAGCAUGAGUUUGAAGAAGAGCUAACCCAAAAUUACAUUGAGCAAAUGUCAGAGGAAGCGGAGCCAUCGGGAGAAACGCUGGAUUCUGAGAGAGAGCCUAGCCAUUUUCAGGAUACAGACUCUUCAAGAGGAGAAUCUUUUCCCUGAAGUCGCAAUAUAGAGGGAAUCUGAUCCUUCUGAAAAAAAGAAAGCCCUUAGGUUACUGUGCUUGAGUUGAAUGUUUGCUCUGAAGACUUGUUCCUACGGUUGAUUUUGUUUUGGAGAGCCAGCUGCUGAAAAUUAAAUAUACAGUAUAUUUUGGUC